AUGGUAAGAUUUCGUCCUGAAAAAGAUGGAAAAAUUUUCUCGCAACAUUUAGUCGAUGAAUUUUUCGAUGAUACCGAAAAAAGGAUUAGACGAGAUUAUAAUAUUAAAAGUGGUAGAUUUGUCACUAGAUAUAUGAAAAUAUUUCGUGAUCAAUUUAAAGGUGGAAUAUUGGCGUAUGAUGAAGCAAUUUUCAAUAGUGAUCCUGUUUUGGCAGCUGCGUUAUGGAGAAAUAUAUUUAAUGCAUCAGGAUCCGCACAAAAUACAGCUUUUCUAGUUGAAUAUGUGCGUUAUUCUCUUCAAAUGUUGGAUAAAUUAAAUUGGACAGAGCUUAAUUCUAAGAAUCUGCAAUUUUUACGGCCUGACAAAAUACAUCCAUAA